AUGGGUUAUCUUAAGCAGGUUCAAAUUUUGCUCACGGUAGCUCCACAUAGUGCAUUCAUAAACAAUAAGGAUAAAUCCUUUCCUAUUCACCAGGCAGUACUUGGGGGUCAUAUUAGUGUGAUCAACUUACUGACUAGCUCAAGGUUCCUACUCAAUGCAAUAGGUCAAAAUAUGCUACAUGUAUCUGUACUCGCUGCUGAUCUUACAUCAAUCACUAAUAUUCUCAACUCAAUUGAAGUUGAGUCUUUGAUCAAUCAAAAAGACGAAGAUGGUAACACUCCUUUGCAAUUGGUUAAGAAACUAACUCUAGGAAGUGACCUAGACAAAAGUUUACUUUCAAGACUAAAUUUUGUGUUAGAAAGAGCUGCAAGAGGCCUGAAGUCGAUACCCAUAGAUGAUUAUCUUUAUCAGCUCCUGUUACAUGGGGACCUAAAUCAACUUUGUCAAAUCAUUUCAGAUAGAAGGUUUGAAUUAAAUGACCUAAUAUGCCCAGAAGAUGGAUGUAAUGUUCUCCAUGUUGCUGCGAGUAUGGAUCAACCCCUGCUGGUUGUUGAUCUGCUUAGACGAAACUGCGACACACUCAUGUAUCUAGCCAACUACAAAGGUGACCUUCCAUAUCAUUCGGCUGCAAAAGCAUGCAACUUGCAGUCUCUCAAAACACUUCUUGAGUGGCCAAAUAUCUAUGUGGAUGCAUGUAGAACCUUGAAUGAUAAAGGUAACACAACACUACAUAUCGCCGUUUUCAAUAAUCAUCUGGAAAUGGCUAAGUAUCUAUAUAAUAAAUGUCCACAAGCAGCAUAUUGCUUGAACAAGGAUAAAAUUUGUCCUUUAUUUCUAGCGAUCAAGACUUGGGGUGAGAGUGCUCUUGUGGAUAAUAUGAUUAAUGGAUUAGAGGGUAAUUGGCAGAUUCAAACUGACUUGAAUAAGGAUGCAAAAUCAAUUGUCCAUAUGACAAUGUUCACAAAGAGAAAAGGUAAUGCAACUAUCUUGAAGAAAAUAAUUGUGAAGGCUCCAAGACUAAUGGAUUCAUUUGACAGUAAAGGGCGAAAUCCUUUGUCUUACGCCGCACACAUAGGUUAUGUUGAGGGGGUGAAACUAUUAUUGAAAAGACAUCCACAUCUUGAAUUCAAACGUGAUGUGGACAAUGAUGGAUCUUUUCCUAUUCACCAAGCUGUAAAAGGAGGUCAAAUUAAAAUAAUCAAACUACUACAUCCUAAAAUUUGUUUGCUAAAUAGCAACCGUCAAAAUGUUCUCCAUGUAGCAGUAGAAACAGGAAACACAAAUGUCGUUAGAUUUUUGUUGAAAUUACAAGAGUUCAAAGAGUUGCUCAAUAAUAGUGAUGACAAUGGUAACACUCCACUACAUUUGGCUGUCAAAGGUGCUCAUUACAAAGUUGUGUGCCAGUUGACACAAGAAAAACAUGUUAUUGGAAACUCUACUAACAAAGAGUUGCUGACGCCUAGGGAUCUCUUUGAAAAGUAUGUGCAAGAUCCAUGUGAAAAAGUCAUGUCGGGAAAGCAGAUUAAUCUUAUGGAUUUGAUGUUGAAAAGAGUUCAAGGUGAAAAGUCAAUACUGAGUGAAAGAAUAGAAUACCAAGGAAAUAGCGAGAAAAAAACUAUAGCCAAACAGACAGAUUCAACAAGGUAUAAUACCAGUUUAUCAUUAGACGGGAAGUUAAAGUUAACCAACAAGGAGAGAGCUAACACUUUUCUGGUGGUAGCCACACUCAUCAUCACUGUAAGUUUUACCGCGGCUUUCACCCCUCCAGGUGAUUACAAGGAUGACACUGGCAUUCCAACUUUAAUAAGAUCCCCGGCUUUCAAAUUGUUUAUCAUAUGCAAUGGUUUUGCAUUCCUUUUUGCGGUAAUGUCAGCUUUAGCUCUUAUCUUUGGGAUGAUUGUGGAAAAGCUAACAGAUAUCACCCUCUUCAUUGGAGGGUUAUAUAUUAGUGUCGGAAUAUUGUUUAUGUUACUAGCAUUUUUAGCAGGAUCUGUUGAUGUUCAGAUUUUAUCUUUGAUGAAGCCGUGA